CGUGACACCGUGUGCUAACGCGGCUUCGGAUGACGCAUAGCUGUGUUUUCGUCAGGUGUGAAUGCUGAUGCCCAAACAUUCUACGAGAACGCUGACCCCUCUCGGUGUGUGAUUCUUUUUCCCGCGUUCUAUCGAUCGGACGGCUCAUGUGUGGAAUAAAUCUGCCCUUGUUUUGGGGGUCCACGCGACGUGUGUUCCUUUGAUCGAAAAUGACCGCAUCCACUGCUCAUGCAGAUGAAGCAUGUUUCGAUAUGGACCAAUCAAGCUGCAAUGAAGUUCUGGAACUACAUCAAAAUGGAACGAGUGAAUGCAGAGAUCUACUUUCGCACACAUCGAUCUAUUCGGACACUGGUACAGAUAUUAUGUCUUGUACAGCGCUACCUAUAGUCCGACAGCACAGCUCACAGUUCCUCAAAUGCGGCAUUUGUUCAGAUAGGUACGAAAAUCCAAAGGUGCUCCCGUGUCUGCAUACGUUCUGCGAGCGGUGCUUGUUACGGUACAUGCCGCCCGAGAGCCUUACACUCUCGUGUCCCGUAUGCAGGCAACAGUCCAUUCUUCCGAAGCAAGGUGUCCCGGCUCUACAAACCAACUUCAUCAUCAGUAACCUCAUGGAGGCCCUCGACCAUCCCCUGCAAUGCCAAAGGUGUGAAUCGCAGCCUUCAGCCUCCAAAUGUUCCGUCUGUGAAGGCUUCUUCUGCGACAUCUGCUCCAAGCGCCAUCAGACCGACGAGGAGACCAAGUCGCACAGACUGAUCACCCUGAGCGAGCUGGCCCUCCAGGAGGAGAAGCAGGGCUCCCUGAUGUGCCCGAAACACGAUGCACAAACCCUGCGCUUUUACUGCCGGGACUGUGAAACCGCUAUCUGCGUCACGUGCACGGACAUAGAACACAACGGGCACCUGACUACGAGAUUGAGGGAAGCCAUGGCCGACCAGAAGAGUAUGCUCAACGAUCUCUUGGACCGGGUGGAGGCAAAGAUUCCAAUCGUUGAAAAAGCUAUUAAUUUAGUGUCUGAUGUCACUGUAUCCUUGGAUAACGCCCAUGACACAGCUACAACUCAAAUCGAUCAUUGUUUUAAACUCCUAUCGGAUGCUAUCCAAUUGCGAAGGAAUCAGUUGCUGAGCCAACUCGACGAGUCCUAUGCUGCCAAGCGCCAUGUGCUGGAUCAACAAAAGAACUUACUACAGUAUUGCUUAGGAACGCUGAAUUCCAGUUGCGAUUUCACUAAAAAAGCUCUAAAUCACCAAAACGAUACUGAAUUCCUGCUUGUAAAUAAACAAGUGGCAGAUAGGCUGAAAGAAUUUGCUGCAAUGCACAUCCAAAAUAUGCCAGAAGAAAACGAUUUUCUUCAAUUUGAAGAUGAGAAUGCUAGUGCUACUCGAAAUGCAGUCCUUAUGUGUGGUGUGCUUCGAACUUCUCAUGCCGUUGCCUUGGAAACAACAGCAACAGGCGAAGGCAUCCGACAAUGUACCGUGGGCAAAUCAUCUUUGGUGAAUUUGACCACUAAAGACGGUAGAGGUGAAAUAGUUACUAAUGGCACCGUAGAUUUCAAAAUAGAAAUAAAGUCAAUAGAUCAUGUGGCAGCUUGGACGCUCAAACCAGAAAUGGCAGACCAAAUAAAUGGUAGCUAUGACCUAGUUUACACGGCUCCAAGUGAGGGCCUUUAUACUUUAUCUAUUAAGUUAUUUGGAUUUCAUAUAAAAGGUAGUCCCUUUACUGUAAAAGCAUUUUCGGAAGAAGAAAGCUCUUCCAGUGAUCGUCCAGUAAGUUCCAAGAUACCUCGUACCACUGGGGUGCGACAGCGAGGGAAUAAAAGACCGCCUAGCUAUCGGUCAAGUAGUUCAAACCGCUGGAGCCUAGCCAUUGAGGAUGAAUUCGACUUGGUGAUGAGGAUAGGAAAGAAAGGUCGCAAUAAAGGCGAAUUUGCCAAUCCUCAAGGCGUCUGCUGCAACCAAGAGGGCAAAAUCGUAGUGGCAGAUAGCAACAACCAAGUGGUUCAAGUGUUUUCAACGUUAGGCGAGUUCAAGAUGAGGUUUGGUAUUAGAGGACGAGGUCCUGGACAAUUGCAAAGGCCGACCGGUGUUGCGGUGUCCACUACGGGGAAUUAUGUAGUUGCAGACUAUGAAAAUAAAGCUAUAUAUAUGUAUGAUUCGAAAGGCAAGUUCGUCAGCAGGAUAGGGUACGGAAAACUUCUGGGACCGAAAGGUGUUGCAGUGGAUAGAAAUGGACAUUUGAUUGUUGUAGAUAACAAAGGCAGCUGUGUUCUAAUUUUUCAAGAAAAUGGAAAACUGUUGCAUAGGUUUGGCUCGAGAGGUAGUGAUAAUGUGAAAUUUGCUGGACCUCAUUACGUAGCCAUAAACAGCAAAAAUCAGCUGGUGAUCUCAGACUUUCACAACCACUGCAUCAAAAUAUUCGACAGCGAAGGCAAUUUCGUGCAUGCUUUCGGCUCAAACGGCGAAGGCAACGGCCAGUUUAACGCGCCCACGGGAGUUGCUGUUGAUGCGCAAGACAACAUCAUAGUGGCCGACUGGGGCAACAGCCGAAUACAGGUGUUUGAUAGCACAGGAUCCUUUUUGUCGUUCGUAAAUACAAACGGAGAGCCACUGUACGGACCUCAAGGUUUGGCUUUAUUUGCUGACGGUUAUGUCGUGGUUUCGGAUUCUGGAAACCAUUGCCUCAAAGUGUACAGAUAUUUGCAAUGAGAUUUUGUCCUUUGAAAAUUAUUGGAGCUUUCACUGCUUUUUUACGAGGUUGCAGAAGAGCCUCGUUCAUGUGCCACAAUGUAUGCUUUCCCAGUCCAGUCAUCAUGCCAAACUAAUUCUCUGCUGAACUGAAAUACUAUGUAGUAGCCAUUAAAACUGAAACGAGUUCAAAUGCCAAAAACAUUUGACUGAUUUGGGAAACGAAUAUUUUUCAUCAAGCCAGCUUUGAGAUUCGAAUUUCUGCUUUUAAAUAUCAUCAGUGAUCAUUUUCGGAUUGAAAAAAAAAAGCACCUAUUUCAGUUGUACUGUCUUACCCAUUGUUCACUACUAUGAUACAUAAUUUUACAUGGUACAAAAUUUCUGAUAGGUCACUCGCCAUUUUUAGUUCUCAUUGAUGUCUAAAAUGCGACCGUCAGGAGUUGGGACUUGGCCAUGCCUCGUUUCUGAAGUCCAUUUUCAUGAAGGUGAGUUAAGUAGAGGAGAAAACGAAGAGCAGAGUGUGAAAAACACAGGGUUGCUUUAAAAAACUACUUUUUCGCUAAGGGGAAUCCCUUAUUGUCCCUAGUUAAACCAGAUCAGUUAUAAAGAAUAUGACGAAAACUAUUAAAAAUAAUAGUUUUAAUUUACUCAACUGAUUCUUAAAAUUUUAUGCAUCAAUCCUUAAAAUUACGUAUAUUAUUGUGUAGAAUAAUAGCAAGUAUCAGCUAAAUUUAAUCGAGAAACAACUUAAAAAUGAAGCGUUGCCCAUCAAGAAAUUUACUGCAUUAUAGCGUAAUAAAAUGCAUGUUGCGGACGAUAAUUAAAUAAUUAUUAUUCUACAAAAAUUGCUUAAAAUUUAUUCAUUUCGCCAAAACGUUGCUUAACUCGUAAGUAUGGUAACGUCCAUUCUUCCAACUCUACUGAUUUUAAGUUAAUGGACUCGUUUCUGCUUGCAUCAUACAUGACUAACAGGUGCCAACUCAUCACGGUCGCACCAUAUGCCAUGAGAAACAAAUUUGAACCCUGUCUCUUUGUGUUCUUUUACUAAACUAAUGCAGUCAAUAGAGUUUGAAAAAAGUCCAGAUUAUUAUUGUUAUUUUUUUUUUUUUUAAUUAUUUUUAUUAGUAAUCUUUUUUGAAUUCAUGGCUUGAAAUAAAUGAGAAAUUUCUGUAUGAAAUGUUAUGUAUUCUUUUUACAUUUACUGUUUAACAGUUUUUUUUUUUAAGAUCCCGUUCUGAAAUUGCAAUAAUGGGGUUGUUUCUUUAAGUCAAAAGUACUACUUUUAGUCACUGAAAUUGAUAGAAUUAGCAAAAAAAAAAAAAAAAAAA